AUGUCGAUAAUUGCCGUAUGUGGAUUACCAAUUGGGUGGGAUCUGAAGACGAUUGUAAAAAAAUUGUUAAAAACCAUAAAUGGCAAGUUUGAGGCACUUAGUAUUAUAUGCAACAAAAAAAGCAGAAAGUGCUACCUACGCCUGUCAGAAAGACUGGACCCUCAGCUUGUUGUGGAGAAUAUUAACAGGAAGUUGUUUGAUGGUAAUAAACUACACGCUUUAGUCCCCGAAUCUGUUCCAGAUUUGCCUCACCAUAUUAGACCCCGAAAAAUUCCUCUUAAGAUGCGCAGGGCUAUGCGUAUACCGGAGGAAUCAACGCCAGGAGAGGUCAUCUACACUGCUCACAUGGAGAUUUUAAACGAAAUGCAGAGCAAAUACACGGAACUCGGCAGUCUCAGCAAAACCACUAAUCAUCUGCUUUUAAGGAACAUUGCCAGGAUUAUACUCGACCGUUUGAAGGACGUUCUGCUGGCCUCACCGGAGGCGGACAACGGUUUCAAGUUGACCAAGUUCUACAGGAAAAUGCACCCGCACUUCGGCGACUUCCAGCUGAUCCUGUCGACCCUCCACCAGAUCGAGGACUCUGAGGGGAAGCCCCGCACGCAGCUGAACAAGCAAGAGUUCGCCGUUACGAACGUCCAGCCCUACGUGAUUGACAACAUUCCAUUCAACAAAGUGAGCGAGAUAUGUCGGAAGUACAGCAAGAUCAUUGCCACUAAGAUGACUGAGCACACCAAGAAUCUGAACACGAAUAUCGAAGCAGAACCCGGCAGCGAGGAGGAGGCCACCAAGAGAGUGAGGGCGGAACUCAAGAAGAUGUCCCUCUACUUCCCGGUGAUUAUAAAACAAGUCAUAUCAACCAAUUUCGUGCCACAGAAGACGGCGUUUUACAGAAUUAGGGUGUACGGGGAGCCGUUCCUGCCGCCCAAGGAGGUGAUGCUGGACUUCCUGAAGCGCUGCAACGCCACCAAGGUGUUCCGCAGCGACCGCAUCUUCAACAUGCUGCGCUGCAAGGUGCCGCUCGCCUCGCUGCAGGCCACCGCCAAGGCAGACGGCUCCGUCGUCGGCGGUGCCACGCUCUACAUACGCCUGGCCGAGAUCCAGUUCUACAAAGUGCCGGAGUCCAUGAAGAGGGAGAUGUUCUCCUUCCAGGACGGGGACGAGCAGGCGGCGGACGCCGUCGACAUGGAGGACACCAAGGAGUGGGACGAGGAGUGG